AUGAUUCCUGCACCAGCAGUAGGACUGGGCAGCGAACAACCAAGCACAAGCGGUCACGGGUAUCAGAGUUCCUCAGGCGUCCAGCCAACGAGCAGCGCAGAUCAAAAAACAUUCCGGGAAAUUGAGAGGGUGGAAGAUGCGGCUGCAAAACGUGCUGCAAGAGCCGACCCCUCCUACAGAGAAGCGGAAGCACGGCAAACAGCGAAGCGCAUGCAUUUGCAGAGAAGCGCGGAAGGAAAUAGACAAAGAGAAAGAAUUGCAAAUGCAGUGGCUAUGAGGAUUCGCAGAAGCAAUGAGGAGUACAGGGAGAGGGAGAGGAGAGCAAAUGAGGAGGGGAUGCAAUUACGGCGUGAAGUAAAUCCGGAUUAUAGAGAGAGAGAACGAGAAGCGAACAGUGAAGCAAUGCAGCUACGCCGUGAAACAGACCCUGAUUACAGAGAGAGGGAAAGGGAAAUGAACAGUGAAGCGAUACGAAUACGCCACGAAAUAAACCCGGAUUAUCGAGGGAGAGAACGAGAAACGAACAGUGAAGCGAUAUAG